AGCGUUGGCUUUUCUCAAAGAACCUGUUAUAUUUAUGCUUUCUUGCCUCGGCAGUUUAGGGAACAAGCGCGUGCCUCUCGGUAUUUACUUUGGUGAGACGCUAAGAAUCGUCGAUGAUCUAUCUCCACCUGGUCAAAAUGAACGGAAGGCACGAAAGAUCUUUCUGUCGUAAAUGGUACAACCGGCGGACCAGGGGUGUGGACACGUGCUGGGGCGUGGCUGCCGUGGCCUUCCUUUCUCAAGUCGUCCUGUCGUUCGGCGAACGGAACGCGGGUUUUCUUUACGUCGGCUACAUGGAGCUAUUCCUCAUCGACAGACAGCAGGCAAUCUGGCCCCAGACCGUAGCUUUCAUUGUCGGAUACCCAGCAGGGCUGGUUGUGUCGCUGCUUCAUCGAUGGCUCUCUCUUACCGCGAUUGCGCUCAUUGGUAGCCUCUUUACGUGCGUCGGACCAAUUGCUGCAAGCUUUGGAACAAAUAUUGUUUGGAUGUCAGCUGCUAUGGGUUUCGUACACGGUUUAGGGACUGGAAUCUUCUUCGUUAUAGUCUCCAUGAUCCUGAUGAUGUACUUCAAACGCUACAGAGGUAUAGUAACCGGAAUUAAAAAUCUAGGAGGAACAGCGUCUUCAGCAGUAUUUCCAAAGCUGCUAUUAUUCCUGAAGGAUGCCUAUGGAUUUCGGAACAGUCUAUUUCUGUACGGUGCCUUUUCUAUGCACCUCGGAGCUUUUGUUAUUUUACUUAAAACACCACCCUGGACACAAACACAAACCGUCGAACUUAAAUGUGACAAUAACAGUGAUGACCGUACUUCUGAGGUCGAGGAAGGAAAAACAGAGCGUCCAGUAACCAAGAAUCUCGACAGCCAUGAAGAACAAAAGUCAGCGCCAAGUAUCUUCCGAACGCCCUCGUUCUACGUCAUUCUGGCAUCGGGCGUCACCGGCUUCUACACCCAAAACAUUUUCUUCUCUACCAUCGUCGAUUUCACCGUUGACAAGGGGUUCGUCGAGUCCGAUGCCGCGUCCCUAAUGACGUAUUUUGCUGUGUCAGAAAUUGUGGGACGCCUGGCGCUCCCGCUUCUGGCUGAUCACGGAUACAUUCGUCGUACGACUCUGAUGACCUGGAACUUCUUUCUCAUGGGAAUAUCCAUGCUGUUACUUGCCCAAUUCACGGCUUUCGCCUGGGUGCAAGCAAGCUGCGUACUUUUCGCAGCGUUCUUCGGCAGCGCAGUGACCAUCGAAGGUGUCCUCAUAGCGGACUAUCUGGGGGUGCCGAGGCUGUCUCUUUGCUUUGGACUCAUCGGAAUUCUAAGCGUGCCUCUCUUUCUGAGUAACCCACUCGUUCUCGGGUUUUCCCGGGACCAGCUGGGCUCGUACGACAACCUUUACCGUUUUUUAUCGGGACUGUAUUUUUUUAUUGGCAUUCUUUGGUCCCUCCUGCUUUGGUCAGAACAGAGAAAUGACGCGACUUCAAGUACCAGAAAGAACCCCGAGGACUGUGCAGUGUCAACGGCAUUCAGAGGCGUUAUUGCGAAUGAUGGGAACGGACAUAGUUUAAUAGAAGAACUUUAGAUACCAUGACGACAGCACGCCAAGUUUGACCGACUAUUUACGGUUUACCUUGAACAAAGAAAUUUAUCUACACUUACAUGACUCAGUGAAUCGGCAUAGCCAACGACCACCCCCGGAUUUCGCGGGAAUCUCGCUUUUUAUUUUGUGCGAUCUUAAAUGGGCAACAAGGCGGUUUGUUUGAAACCUACGCAAUGAAUGGCCUCAAUGUGCAUAAGAUAACCAAGCAAGAAGGUGUUAGCAGCCAUGUGGUUACAGUAUCUUAAGGCAUCUGUUGCUAUACCAACGGGCCGCCGAACGCACGUUGAAAACUGGUUUUGUGUAAACGUCACUUAUGUAAUUGCUGAACAUAUCAUGUGAUAAAUCUGUUCACAUUUUUAACUUUCGAAAAUUCCGAGGCGACAAUCAUAACGUGCAACGAGUGCCUCAAUACCUCGCUCCACCAGGUCCCCGAACUUUAGACGAAAGCUGGAGACAAUAAAACUAUGAACUUCUGUGA